AUGGAUCUGCCCGUUCACGAUGUCCUUAUUAUAGGUAGCGGGCCCUGUGGCCUCGCAGUAGCCAGUCGUCUCAAAGAAGAGACGCCUGGCUCGCUUUUUACAGACUCAGAGCAUCAGCGAUUCCAUUUUAUGAAAGUUUCCAACAAAUCUCGGCAAACAACAAAAUGGCCAACAAUUCCAGGUAAAGGCUUGGACAUUGUAGUCCUUGAUGCUCAAGGAGAUAGUUGGAUGCAUUCUUGGAACCAGAAUUUUGAAAAACUGAAGAUUAGCCAUUUAAGAAGUCCCAUGUUUUUUCACCCAGAUCCCAGUGAUCGUGAUGGUCUGCGAGCCUUUGCUUUUUUAAAGGGAAGAUUAAAUGAACUCAAGGAAAUCGAGGGUGUGGUUGGCAAGGAGCUAAGUAAACAUCAAAGAAAACAAAAGCAAAAGAACAGGGACAAUUCUCAGCCUCAUAUUACUUAUCUGGACGAGCGUUACCGUGAUGACUAUUUUAGGCCUAGUCAGUCUCUCUUCAAGGCAUAUUGUGAGGAUAUUGUCGAUCGUUAUGGUAUAUCAAAAAUCGUACAAAAGUCACAGGUCAACUCAAUUAACUUUGAUGCGGAUCAAGAGAUCUUCUCACUCAAAACGUCGACAGGUGAAAAAAAGGCUCGCAUAGUUGUUCUUGCUGUCGGUUCAGCUUUAGAGCCUCAUCUACCUCUAGAUUGUCCUUUCAGUGUCGCACCAAGUGUUACACAUAUAAUGAGCUCCGAUAAUUAUCCAAACGUCUUGCCCUUAAAGAAAUCUAAUAAAUCUGUUAAAACGAUUGUUAUCGUCGGUGGCGGUCUAACAAGCGCCCAAGUCGCAAAACUCGCGGCUGAUGAAGGAAUUUCAAAAAUCUACCUAAUUCUUCGAGGUUCCUUUAAGACAAAACAUUUUGACGUGGAUCUUCAUUGGCUAGCUAAAUUCAGGAACAAAAGUAUGAAUGAGUUCUAUUAUGCAGACUCCGACGAAGAAAGAUGGGAGAUUAUGAAAUCUGCUAGAGGUGGAGGAAGUGUUAAUCCAGAAUUUAAGGAAGUUGUUGAAAAGCUCCAAAAGCAAGGAAGAUUGGUUUUAAAAGUUCAUACAACCGUUGAAGAAGCUAAAUGGGAGGAGAAUAUAUGUUCGUGGAGUAUUAGCCUCAAAACAAAGUGUGAUAGCCCGGAAAAAAUACAAGCAGACCAUGUCAUUUACGCUACAGGCACACCAGUCAGUAUAAGCUCGCUUCCAGCUAUCCAACCACUUUUUGAACAAUAUCCUAUCAACACGGUUGGUGGCAUGCCCUGUCUGACAGAUGAAUUAAUGUGGAAAGAGGGUGUCCCGUUAUUUGUUACUGGUAAACUGGGAGGAUUGAGACUUGGUCCUGCCGCUGGCAAUCUAGAAGGUGCAAGAUUAGGUGCUGAAUUUAUAGCUGGUAAAAUAGCCGAUCUAUUACCUCUCUGGAAAGUCAAGAAUGAAGACCAUGGUUAUUCAGCCAAAUUGUUUGGAGAUCAUGAUGUUGACAUGACAAGAUUAGGCUUAGGACAAGCUAAUCAGUUUGACAUUCUCGGGAAGUCUCCCCAAGACCCUCAGCUGGAUGAGUAA